UUUUUUUGUUUUCAGUAAGCCUCGGUGAUACAAUCGGCGUUGGAACUGCAGGUAGUGUUGCAAAUUUGUUGGAUGAAUUGUCGAUAGCUUCUAUUCCAUUUACAAAAAUUGCCGUUCAUUUUCAUGAUACUUAUGGACAGGCUUUAAGCAAUGUUCUUAUUUCUAUUGAGAGUUGCAGACAGCAGUAUUGCCGGACUUGGAGGUUGUCCAUUUGCAAAAGGGGCUACGGGGAAUUUAGCCACAGAAGAUCUUGUUUAUAUGCUUGAAGGAUGUGGAUUCUCCACUGGUGUAAAUUUGGAACGACUUGUUGAAACAUCCGACUGGAUAUGUACAGAAAUGGGACGUGAAAAUCAAUCUAGAGUGGCAAAUGCUAUGCUUGGAAAGAGAAAGGAUCGUUGGAAAAUGAAACGUUAUGAGGGUGAUUUUUAA